AUGUCGAAAGCUAAUAAGCAACUUGGUGUGCUAAAACGAACAUGCUUAUCAUCAAAAAAUGUCAUCAGACGUUCAUUGUACCUGACACUAGUUAAAUCACAACUCUCCUAUGCAACACAAGUUUGGUCUUCAAAUCAUCACAGUCAACUCAACAGAAGAAUUGAAAGAGUUCAAAAAAGGAGAGCGACAAAAUGGAUCUUAGGAAUAAAGACUGGUGAAAUACCUUAUGAACAACGGUUAAUGACAUUGAAACUAUUACCUCUCACAUACGACAGAGAAAUCAAAGAUCUUGUGUUCUUCUACAAGAUGUUGUAUGGCCACAUCAACCUUAAAAUGGACAGUUAUGUUUCAUUCAUUGAACAUAGAUGCACUAGACUCAGUCAAGCUGCUAGUGUUGUGCUUCAAACACCCUUGCAUAGAACAACGACCUUUCAAUAG